UUAAAUUCUUAAACAACUCAAACAUCGAUGCCUAUAAAAAAAGGGAAAAAAAACCUCAAACAUCGAUAGGGCGCCGCCAAAAAUGAACACGCUCUGGCAACAAUCUCUCCACGCAGACACGUCACGCAAACUCUAUAAUAAAUAAAUGCACUUGAUAUUGCAACCGUCCCCCGCACGUUGCAGCGCACAUCUUUGCUCCGAUGGGAAGCGGCUACGCUUGCGUUGCGUGAAGGGAGGAGAGCGAAGUGUAAAAGCCAAAACCGGAACGAACCGCGCACGAAUCCCUCACGACCGUCCACGCCUCGCGCCACCUCUCGUCCGCCAAACGCGGCCGCCCUCUCCCCACGCGCCGCUCGUUUAUAAGCUCCACGCGCGCGCCUCCCCCCAGCCCCCAUGCACGCAUGUUUCCCGCACAAGUCCACCGAGAACGAGCAGGCGUCGCCACGGUUGGGAGGAGAGAGAGGGAGGGAGGGGGCACGAGUCCACGCGCGCGCGCGCCGGCCGAUGGAGAUGAAGCCGUCCGCCUCCGACAAGAAGGUCAAGCGCCCGCCGAGCCGGCUCCAGAAGCACGCCCCCGCGACGCUGCGGCUGGAGCCGCCGUCCACGCCGUCGCCCACCGGCGCGUGGGGCGACGGGAGGAUGCCGAUACCGCUGCUGUCCCCGCUCGUCGUGUCGCCGUCGGCGGCGUGGGAGCCGGACGACCAGGCGGCGGCGGCGGCAGGGGCGCCAAGGAGGGAGGGCGGCGUGCAGGGAGGAGCUUGGCGAGAAGGUAGUAGCGGCGCCGCCGCACGUUCGCCCGUGUGCGGCGGUGACCGCCAGGCGGCGGAUGACGCCGCGAAGUCGCCCGCGCCCGCGCCCUGCGGUGGUGGGUGGCUGCACCCGGCGCUGUCGACGCCGGUGGCGGAGCCGGCCUCCCUGGUGUCGUUCUUCCAGUCGCACUGCGCGCUCGAGGUGCACAACGCGCCGCAAUGAGGAUCGAAGAGCGCUCGCCGUGAGCCGUCUCGCGGUCUCGCCGCGCCGUGUCGCGCGACUCUUCCUUGUCCGUUUUAGCUUUGGCCUGUAUGAAUCGGAUUCCUUGUGUAUAUGGCGACUUGGCGGCCCUUUUGAUCAGUUUGAUCGACGGCCUGGUUGGAUUUUUUUGGGGGCGGUCUUCUGAAAGGGCUUGUCACUUGACUAAUUAGUCGUUACCCGACUUGCUAAUAACACUUUCACGAUCUAUUGCAGAGUUCA